AUGCCUUCUAUGAAAAGUCGCAUCAAAAAGUUGUUUUUAAACGGCAACGACAAGGACCAGAAACUAAAUGCAAAAUCAAAAGAGUCGGGAGAACAGGGUCUGACAGCACGCACCUGCCCUCGUGGCGCCGAUGUCAACACGAGUACCGUUGGUACGGUUACUAACAUCACGGCGACUUCGUCAACUUCAACUCUCUCCGAAACAGGAGCUCUAGAACUUCCAAUAGUUGAUUACAAGGAUGUUUCUCAGAUCCCAGAUACAUUGAUAAAAUAUCCUGCAAUUUAUCUAAUCAAUCAUGGGCUUCCACCUGCGCCAUUCAGCCAUGCAAGAACACUCUUGACGCUCCCGAAGAAGAUAAAAGAUACCCUUCGGGAUCCAAAAUCAACCGUUCGCGGGUAUAAUAAUGCAAAAGCCAGUGGAAGAGAAUGGUGGGACUACAACCCCGCCGAGAAGUUACUUGGGCCUCCCGAUAAUGAAGAAUUCGGGAAAGAUACAACUGAAUUUUUCAAUCAGAGUAUCGGGAUACUCCAAAAAAUCUGCCAGCAAUUCAACUCUCAGAGGCAGCUAAUACCCCAAGAAGUGUUCGAAGAAGAGGGCUUCAGUACUAUGCGCUAUCUCCGCUACUCCCCAGAUGUCAUAGACCAACAACCCCAGAACCUGGAUCAAUCUACAUAUAACACCGUUCUAAACAGCCAUAGAGCCGAUGAUAAUGGUGAAGCAAUUCCACACAUAGAAGCCCACACAGAUCUCGAUAUCCUUACUCUCAUCACUGCAACCGAACCAUCUGGCCUCUACGUUUGGAACCGUCGCGGAGAGGUGUUUUCUGCACCACCGAUAGAUGGAACAGUGCUCAUAAUGGCAGGGGAUUUAAUGCCAUUUUUUACCUCAAAACCUGGAAAGUCCCCGUUAGAACAACAUGAGGGUGUUGAGGCCAUUGGGGAGGAUACAGUUUUACCAACAGCGCAUACCGUUGUAGUGCCGAGGAGUGCCGGGGAGAGAUAUUCCAUAGCGGUCUUUUUGAGGCCGAGGAGGGAUAUGAUUGUUGAUAAGAGAGUGGUGAAGAGAGGGGAGAAGGAAGUGGAAGAGGAAACAGCGUUCUGGUGGUUGGCGACGGAGAAGUUGCAUGUCGAGGGAAGAAAAUGCUUUUUGGCAUAA